UUUAAAUUUCGCCUUAAUUGAAUUGAUAAUUUUAUUUAAAAGUUUCUCUAAAUUAUAUGUCAUAUAAUUUAUAAAGAAAAGGAAAGAAUUUUCAAGUAUAAUUGAUCUGUUAUCGAAUUAUUCUGAUAUCAUUCUUUCCCCUUUUCUCCAAUCGAAACCGUGCAUGCACCAUACCGCAUUCCGCAUAAAGCACUCCAAAGUGUUGUCUAAUAUUUGUAACUUGUCACUUUGUAUCUUAUAUACUUCUUAAUUCUUAUUAUUUUCAAUCAAAUAUAACUCUUUAACUAUUAUUUUAGAAUAAUCUUAACCGAACGAGAUAAGUGCGAUAAUAAGAAACUUGAAAAUUAAAUAAUAAGCGCUAAAAGAAGAUUACGUAUAUAGAAUGCAUAGUACGUUAUCGCCGAUGGAUAACCUUUUUAACAUGCUGUCAAAUUUCAGUGCGGGUCAUGAAAAAGCUUUAAAGCAAGGCAUUUAUAAUGCUGUCGCACUGUUUCUUUUGUGCUUGGUUUCAGCAGCCGGGUACGGAUUGUAUAUUAUACUGAGUCCAUUUAUAAAACCUUUAAUUUGGGCUCUGCUAUGUGGUUCUGUUUUAUUCCCUUUCAAACAUUCGUUAACAACUAUUGUACAAUCAUGGUUUGAAAAAACCGAAACGUCUCACACACCUCUGUUUAUAAAUUUAAUGCUACUACCUAUCCAAAUAGUAGACAAAAUUUCUGAUGAUUUAGGAUCAUUUUUAUGGAAACACAUUAAAUAUAUUUCCGCUACUUUUUUGUUGGGAUCAUUGAUUCUGUGUGUAUAUCAUUAUACACCUACUAUAUUAAGUUGUCUGAUAUGGAGAAUAUGUAUAGCUUUUAAUAUUAUUUUUGGAUUUUUUAUAACAACAUGCAGUACCUAUACGAUAAUUAUUGUACUUGUGGGAUAUUUAUCUAUAUUAUAUAUUUAUUGGACACCACAGAAUUCCAUCCAUUUUCGUUACACCUCGUUUGUCAUAUGGUUUAUGAUUAGUUUAUAUGUUUCUAAUAUAUUGGGUGCUUAUCAAACUAUUGUAUUUAUAGCGCUGCAAGUAUUAUACUUGGUUGGAUUUAUUUAUGAGGUAGCAAUUGUUAUGGAAAACCAAGAAUUGGAUGGUCAUUCCAUGACGUUCAUGGAGGCAAUACGUUUUACAUUAACAAAUAAUGUAAUUACAUCUGUGACAGAAGAUACGCUACCUCCGUUAAGGAGCAAAAGCCCUAUAGAGAAUAUUAAGAAGGAAAUUAGAGAUGCUAACGAAAGUGGUGAAAUUGGAGAAAUUAAAAAAAUCACUUCUGCUUCAGCAUUGACAGAUCCUAGUUUUAGUAUGAAAUUAUCUAAGAAAUCAAUGUCACUGGAUAUGCCGUUACGCGACCGCUAUUUCUUGAAAAGAUUAAAAACUGAAUUACGAAUGUCUAUAGAUAUGGAAAACGACGAAGUUGAUACCGACAAGUACAUGUACGGGGCACUAUAUGCUUGCAUUGGUAUGCUUCUUUGGAAACAUAGAUGGAUGAUAUAUAUUUCAAUUAUUCCUAUAGCUUUAUACAUCAUUAAACAACUUGGUAUUUAUUUUGGAUUGUGGAAAAUGAUAAGGAAUCAAUGCAAUAUCAUUAUAGAAAUUCUUAGAAACUGGUUUAUAGAACGUCAUCAAGCCCUUUUGCCAGCUAACAUUAGAGGUUUAUAUAAAGUUGGAAUAAUAAUUGAUGAAAAGUUAACAAAAGCCUUAAAAGCCUCUGUCAAUUCUGUGGCAACAAUUGCUGUGAUUCUUGGAUUAAUUAUAUUUAUAAUUUGUACGUCCAUUUUUAUAACAAUACAGGUUUAUACAGAAGGUAUACAUCUUAUUCAAAUUACUGGAGAAAUACUCAAUUCAUCCUUAAUGAAUAAUCCAGAUAUUGAUUGGUUACCAGAACACUGGGAAGAUUCAGUUAAUAGUGUCUUAGAUAAUGCCUAUACGUAUGGACGAAGUGCUAUUUCUGAUGGAAUAAAAAGUUUAGUAAAAGAUUUAGAUUCUGCAAAAGCUGAUCAAGUAGAGAAGAAGGUGUUAGAGCUUUGGGAUAGACUUUAUCAAGCUUGGAUGAUGUCCAAUGAACAUUCAGAAUUAAUUGGGCCUACCGUGGAUGUCACAGCGGCCUAUUCAGUAUGGGAAAGUUUUACAGAAACUUUUGGAAAAACACCUCUACAAUUGUUUAAUGUGACCAGUAUACAAAACUUUAUAAAAGAAAAUAUUGGAACCUUUAUGUCAGUGUUGGAUUCGAUUUGGAGUAUAGUUAAGGGCAACAUGUCUGUGAUACUAACAAUCUUUACAGAGUUAUUUUAUAUUAUACUUAUGAGUGGAUCGGCGGUACUUAAUUUUGCUCUCAGCAUGGUGGUAUUCUUCACGACGCUGUUUUAUCUUCUUAGUUCUAGCAAUAAAACUUACAGACCCAUCGAAUUUACUACGGUGUUCAGUCCUAUUAGUUGCCAUAGCAUUCUUCAUAUCGAGGGAUUUGCUAUUGCAUUACAAGAAGCAGUAAUUGGAGUAUUUGCUGCAACAUUUAAACUUGCUUCUUUCUUUGGCAUGUGGACGUGGUUUAUACAUAACUUAUUCCAAGUAAAAAUUGUUUACUUACCAUCAACUUUUGCAACUAUACUUGGUGCUGUGCCAUUUUUGGAUGCAUAUUUUGCUUGCAUCCCGGCUACUCUGGAACUUUGGUUUACUCAAGGAUCUAUGAUUGCAAUUGUAUUUUUCAUGUUCCACUUUCUUGCUUGUAAUAUUGUUGUAACUGAAUUCUACAAAGAAAUUAAAGGUGGUGGACAUCCAUACCUUACUGGUCUUUCAAUCGCAGGUGGAAUAUUUUGUUUGGGAGUAGAAGGAGCAAUUUUUGGUCCUUUAUUACUAUGCUGUAUAAUGGUAGCAAUCAAUUUAAGCCGUCGUUAUCUUCAGUCACCGUCAGAAGUUAUGCCCGCUUAUCCUGAAAUUAAACAUUAACGUUAGAAAAAUGUUGUUCUAUCCAUAAGUAAUUAGUAGCAAAAAGUUAAAAGAUCUGCGCAACGAAAUUCGAAUUCAUACAGUUAUAUUACUAAAUGCUAACAUUUUACUAAUUCUUAGAUGAAACUAAUAAUGCAAAGUCUGAUUCUUAUAAAUCCUAUUUAAAAAUACCUAUUUUCCUAGGUAUGUAGAAUUUCCUUAAAAGCGUAAUACAUUUUUGAAAAAUGAUAGCUUUAUCUAGUCUUUGAGAGCAUUCAUUAACAAAAAAGUUUAUACAAUAAUCGCUUUUUUUUUUAUUGAUAUUUUACAAAAAUGCGAUUAAGGAAAGUUGAUAGAAUAUAUGAUAACAAAUUUCAGCUUACGCUUAUUAAUAUAGGAAUACUGUUAUAUCCAUUUACAAGCCUAAUCUUUUAUAAUUUUUAAUAUUAUAUAUAGAUAUAAAAAUUCAAUAGAAAGAUAAAGAUAAUAUCUUCCAUGUUUAAAGCUUGCAAUUGUUAAGAUGUUUUUUUAUAAAAAAGAUAUAUAUACAUGUAUAUAUGUAUAUAACAAAUGUGUGUAUAUCUUUAAUUGUGUUAAUUAUAAAUAUUGUAUAUAACUCGUUUGUUUUGAUAUGUACUAACUUCAGUAUUAUUAAUCUUUUAUUUUGCUUAAAAAAGUUUUACAUGUAAUUAAACAACGAUCAAUAAACUUAAUUAAGAUUC